UUAUCAAGCGUAGCAAAUAGCUUUAUGUAAUGACAGCGUGCUACAUAGCAGCCUGGUGUACUCAAAAAGGGAGUCAGUGACGCGUAAAAUUCUCCCCCCUUCGCGACCGCCGCUCCCCUCUGUCUCUGAUGAGUUCAUCCAAGAUGGCUGUGACGAGGACUGUGCCGGUGCUGCGCUGAGGGCCGAUUAUCUGACGUUUCUGACGGGAAAUAGCCCACUGUGACUAGCAUAUAGCCUAUGGAUAGUCGUCUUUUACUGUGCAAGGCGUCUCGUUUGGCCUAUUGGGAUAUUGGAUUACGUCUUGAAGAGGAACAGCUGAGUUAGGUCAAGUAGAUCCAUCACAAAUGUAGGAUACAUCAUUUCAAGGACAUUAUCGGAUUAAAAAAAGACACUGUGGAAUAUCAUAAAUUGGGUCGGGGAUACAAGGGAUCUAUACAUCGAAUUCAGAACUACAAUUUAUCUCUUAGGUGGUGUUCACGGAAUCCGCCAAAAUUUCGUUCUCAAGUUUCAGCGCCGGUUUUCAGGGGAAGAUGAAUUUCUUGAGGAGGAGGUUUAGUUCGAGUGACCUUCAGGGUGACCUGAAGGAUGAGGAAAAGGACACGGGUAUCUUGUCGUUUGCGACCAAACGAGGCCCGUCUCCGAGUGCGCCGAGUUCCCCGAGUAAGAGUACCCCUGCUGGACUAACACGUGCUUUGUUUUCUGCGGCCGCUCAGACGCGGACGGGAUACAAUAAGGAUAGGUGUAAAGCGUUAUUGGUUAUAGAUGACCCGCAUACUGACUGGUCAAAAUAUUUUAGAGGAAGAAAAGUAUUUGGUGACUGGGACAUUAGAGUAGAACAGGCUGAAUUUUCUGAGAUUAAUCUAGCUGCAUAUAGUGAUUCAGGUACUAUGGUAGAUAUACAAGUAAAUAGAAAUGGAACAAAAGUUGUUAGGUCAUUUAAACCCGAUUUUGUCCUUGUGAGGCAGCACGUCAGAGAUGCAAACGAAGACUGGCGUAAUAUCAUCCUAGGUCUAGCAUAUGGAGGAAUACCCUGUGUCAACUCCUUACAUUCCAUAUACCAAUUCUUAGACAAGCCUUGGGUUUUCGCACAACUUAUACAGAUUCAAAACAAACAUGGCAAGGAACGAUUUCCGUUGAUCGAACAAGCGUACUACCCGAACCACAAGGAAAUGAUAAAUAAAACUCCACCUAAGGACACGUUGACAACUCCGAAGUUUCCAGUUGUGGUGAAAAUUGGACAUGCACAUCAAGGAAUGGGGAAGGUCAAAUGUAACAACCAUUACGAUUUCCAAGACAUCGCCAGCGUGGUAGCCGUCACCAAUCAUUAUUCAACGACUGAACCCUACAUUGAUGGCAAAUAUGACAUCCAUAUACAGAAGAUCGGAAGUAAUUAUAAAGCUUUCAUGCGGAAGUCUAUUUCUGGCAACUGGAAAGCAAAUACUGGGUCGGCCAUGUUGGAACAGAUAGCAAUGAAUGAAAGAUAUAAACUCUGGGUUGAUGAAUGCUGUCAGAUGUUUGGAGGUUUGGACGUCUUGGCUGUGGAAGCUAUAAUGGGAAAAGAUGGGAAGGAAGCAAUUAUUGAGGUGAACGAUUCUUCAAUGACAUUACUAGGAGAAUCACAGGAGGAGGACCGCAAAUUGAUAUCGGACCUGGUGGUCGCUCGUAUCCAGCAGAUGUGCAAGCCGGUCAAUUCUAUGAGCAAAACAACAAGUGCAGGCGCCUUGGCACAUUAUUGUGUCAAUGGCCGCCAGGAUUCUAGCGCCGGACCAGGUGUACACCAACAGCCAAUGAGACCCGAGAAUGUUAACAAACCUCCUCCUCCCCAGCCUAACUAUAACCCUGCCUAUGGUGGUGGUAAUAACCCCAUGUACAGUGGUGGCGGUAACCCCGCUUACGGUGGUGGUAUAGGCAAUAACCCACGAUUCAGGUGAGACCUUAAGGUUCUGAAUUUUGUCAGGGUUUCAGAUAGCACCUGAGUUGAAGCACUGACGUUCGUGGCUGUGGCAAAAAAUGAUUGUGACAGUGUGUAUUGUGUGGUACUUGGAUUAUUGGGAGUACUCAGUACUUGGUAUGUGGUACUUUUGAGUACUCAGUACUUGGUAUGUGGUACUUGGGAGUACUCAGUACUUGGUAUGUGGUACUUGGGUAAUCGGAAGUACUUCAUACUUGGUUUUUAGUGUAUACAAGUACUUACAUGUAGUACAAUUGGGAUAUGACACUUUGGGAUGUUGUACUUGGACAAUGUGUAGGACACAUCACAUAUAUUAGGUUGACCAGAACCACCCAAGAAGUUAUCUGGAACUCUGCUCUCUAUUUCUUUUGCCCUUCAUUAGGGUAGCAGGGCUCCUUGAUCUAGUUUUUAAACUAAUAUCACAUUUUCAUUCCUUUAGAAAUUCUUGAGUGUUAUCCGUCCUACCACUCUAGCCCUUGUUUAUGCAGCAUCUUCUAGAUUUGUGGACCCUUAAGGUCAUGUUAGCUCGUGACAUUUUAGCCUAUAAGGUCUCAUUACGCCCUUAAGGUCAUCUUAGUACUCCUAUGUUAGCAGAGUAUUCCUAAAUUCUGCCAAACUGUUAGUCAGGGUUUUUAAGAGAGAAUGGUAUUUGCCAUUGAUGUUAUAUUGUGAUACCCAACUAUUUGUUUGCUGGGAAGUUAGUGUGAACAGCAUGUGAUGUUGGUUGUUGUUAAAAUAUAACUAUAGGAAAAGAGAACCCGUACAAAAUUGGUGUUUUGUCUCGGUUUAAAUCUAUGGAAAUAAUAAGGGGGAUUGCAAUACCCGGCAUCAGAACAUCAUGAUGCUUGUGGUAUAAAGUGCUCGAUUAUCUUCUGAAAAGUGUCACAUACAAUGUAGUUGAGACAUUUACCCAAUUGCUUCACCCCGGAUCUUGUCGGAACGUAUGGACACUAUAGCAUCCCUAUAUCACGACAUCGUGAUUUUUCUUCAUUCCACUUGCUUUUUCCCACUUAGCUAAGUUUCAAAUGAGAUUAUUUUAUUUCUGAAAAGAUUUAUUUUCGUAAAAUUUUUUAAAAAAUUAGCUUAUUAGUUUCAGCUCAAAUUGCACUUGUUCCCAUGCAUCACUAGAAUAAGGUAUGCUACAAACCCCUUUAUUUCUGCAAGACUGUAAAUUUUUCCUUGAUUCUCAUUGGGGAGAUAAAACUUAUAGGUGAAGAUAAUCAAUUGUUACAAAAACUUGCUGUUAGUUUGUGUCUCAAGAAAGGGAGGCCGGGCUCACAUACAUAUAAAUAUGUUCUGUUUCCAGUGAUUAGUUAGAAAUAGGUUAAGUCAUUAAAUUUGCAUGAUAUCUAUUGUGUUACAGCAAAUACUUGUCACAGGUUCAUACUAUAGAUUGUGUAUGUACAUUUAUUCCAGGUUUUUGAUAAUCUGCUGUCUCUUUCCUGUGGCUAUCAAUAAACGGAUGGAUGGUAUUAAAAAUUAAUUUGUGGGAAAAGCUUUUCGUCAUUAAAUCUGCUAUGUUCCCAGAACCAGUCAAAAACAGGUAAUUCAUGGUGAAUGAUGGAAUCACGCAACAAUUAAUUUAACGAAGUGGAAGAAGAACGGUGCUUCACAGACAAUGAUAGUUGAAGAAAAAAGGUAUAAAAUAUAUUCAUUCAUUGCCCUUGUGUCUUUCAGCAAGCCACCGCAGCCUGGGCAACCAGGACAACAAGUACCCCCACCCCAACCUAAUGCACAGGUACCUCCUGGUCAGCAAGCACCUGCGGGCCAAAAUGCACCAUUAAAACAAAUGAACAGCAUGGGGAGCGUGGACGGAUCGAAAGGCCCCAACCAGCCAAAAGCACCAAACCAACCACCGAUGCGGCCACAACAGAGUACUGAUCAGCAGGAGGAUGACACCAUGAAAAAUCUCCGCAAAACAUUUGCGGGAAUCUUCGGAGACAUGUUUAAGUAACACAGUUUAUCGUAGGCACAUGAUGCUAAUUACUCUUUAUGAGGUUGUUUUCCAUCAAGACUGUUUUCAAACAUGCCAUAAACAACUUGAUCGUCAUCAAAACUUCGAUUUGCCAUUGAUACUUCUUUGGAGUAAGACUUCAAUUCGCCAUCAACACUCCCUUAGAGUCGACUAACUCAAAAAGCUUCGACUCUUAAUAUUUAGAGACGUCAACCUCAAAUCGUCGUCAAUACUUACGUUGUACCUUAUGAACAUGUAGCAUCAGUUUAUUUUGAUGUCACAAGGAGGCAAAUUUUAUGGACUUUUGACGUACUGACACAAUUUCCUCAACACUUUUUGGGACAACCCAAUAUCUGCCUGUAUAAUCUUAUUGCUGUGUUUGUAUUGAAUAUAAAAAAACAUUGAUAUUAUGAUGUAUCUUUACAAUAAAUUGCCUGUCAUUGAUUCAGUGACUUGGGCAAAAAGCAAUUUCACCAAAAGGAAGGAAUCUUCACCACGAAAGGUAGUCUUCUUACUUACAGAAAUUUACUGCAGCAAAAUUUAAUUAAACUCCGUUUGUACAUAGAGAUUUUGUAUCAUACCAGUAUUGUUUUGUUGUAUACUCUAGUUUCACUGAUCUAAGACUAUUUUGGAAUGUUGAAGAAAUGAGAGAUAUUUUGCACAAUUUUGUUAUUGGAUGCCAUUCAAUUUGGAUAGAAAAUGUGUCGGUGACGUCAAGUUGUCUGAUAAUCAUGACAUCAUGUUCAGGCAUUUGUGUAGAUUUCAUAGUCUUCAUAAUUAAGGGGUCUUAAAUCGGUGAAGCUAGAGUAUUUUGUUUGUGUUUGAAACCUAAGUCUCUACAUCAUCUGUUAGUGUGAUUACUUGGUUGGUUUUUCAUCAGUUUGUCUUUGCAGUUGUUUUUAUUUUUAUUUUAUAUUGCAUUUCCACUUUCUGUGAUAUUUGUCAUGCAUUUUAGAAAUAGUCAUAUCAGUCACUAAUCCCUGAAUUAAAAUAAAAUCUUUAACGAUAUUUUGGGAUAAAUUUCAUAAGAUGUAACUUUCCAAAAAAUGAGUGUAAUCAGAGGCAAAAAUCUGUUAUACCAACACUAGGGAAAUAUCCAGAGCGAAAUAAUUGAUUUGUCCAGUUGAAUUUGGCUGUCUCUUUACAUCUAAUUUGUUUAAAAGAAUUUUUUCAGUUUUAAAUCUGGUUAACAUCCAGUCAUUUUCAUCGGCUUUUAAAAGGGCUGCAGGCCUACCUGAAAUGUAUACUAUAAAGCAUAUCUGUGGGAGAUUUUUUAUCUUUAGUUGAAUAUUGCAAAUGACUGUUGUAAACUUAAUAGGCAAAGACGAAGUUCCCUUGUCACUGAAAAGAAUAUUUGAAAUCGUGUCUAUUGUUAUGUACAUGUACUAUGUGUAAAUUUAUAUGCAAGCAACUAGGAGUAUAUAUAGUGAAUUGAGAUUUGUACAGAAAUUAUAAAUAGGUAAUUUAUGGCUGCAGAAUAUUUGUUUGUUUACAACUUGGGUGGGGUCUACCUUUAAGAUUCUGAUACUGUGGAACAUCUUUUUACGGACACCUCUCUCAGCAAGACACCCUCUGUCAAAGGACACUGGUUUUGGUCCCAAACUUGUCAUUUUCUAUUCCAAUGACGCGUCCUUACAUUACAUUACAUUAUACCGAUGUUAUUCCAAUGGGAAUCCUUACAUUACAUUACAUUAUACCAAUGUUAUUCCAAUGGGAAUCCUUACAUUACAUUACAUUAUACCAGUGUUAUUCCAAUGGGAUAUCCUUUCAUUACAUAUACAUUAUACCAAUGUUAUUCCAAUGGGAAUCCUUACAUUACAUUACAUUAUAUCAAUGUUAUUCCAAUGGGAAUCCUUACAUUACAUUACAUUAUACCAGAGUUAUUCCAAUGGGAAUCCUUUGGAUUUUGUGGUGGAUAAAACUUGUUGUCCACUGGUAAAUCCCAUGCUGCUGAAGGAAGGUUUUAGUGUCGAUCAGCAGUUUAGAUUGCUGCCUUGCCAAAUGUUCAACCCAAAUAAUGAACAAACAAAUCAUUCUGUAGCCUUGCAAUGUAACUAUAGUGUGUAGAAUUGAUGUAUUAGUGACCAGUGUGGUCUAGACUAGUUCUAUCGACAUGAUAUGUGUAUGAUUUUCAAAUAUUUUGGUGGUCUUCGCUUGUCUUGAGCAUCGGCCAUAAUCGGCUGAAGCUACUGUUCAUUUUGGAUAAAAUAUAUGGAAAAAUUCAUGUGGUACUGCACAUAUAAAUUUCCAUUACAUGUAGGUUAGUCCAUUUGCCAAUAAAGAUAUAUGUAUAUGCAUUUGUCAUUUGAAUAAUUGCACAUGCCAUUAGGAAAGCAAAGGGUUAAUUACCAAACAUUCAAGUUUAUGUUUCAGCAUUUUACGGGUGAAAAAAAGGAAAAGUAUAGUGCUUACCUCUGAAAAGUUUGAUAUAAAAUUGUGAUAAAAUAACGCCCGGGCUCUAAGUGAUUCAGCAUAUGUAGCAAAGAGUAAAUUCAUUAGUCUGUGUGUUAAACAAUUAUGUAGUGGAGAUAGAUAGAUAUAGUUGCUAUGACAUCAUACAUCCUGGGAUGAAACAAAUCUAAUUGUGUCGCCAUAAAAUGGCGUGUAGGCCUUCACCGAAACAAACUAAAAAAACUCGGAAAUUGAAAAUGAUUGUAUAGUCUCAAGUCUUAUUGAGGCUAAGUUCCCUUUAUUUCAUUUGAAAAGUUAACAUUUAUUGACAUGAAACAGAACACAUGUCUCUCACUUUCGAUAAAAAGUAUGGUGAUGCUAAAAGGCUGAGAAGGCAGACCCAUGAUCAAAUGGUAGUCAUAGUAUAUAGGCCAAUGAUAAUUCUAAUUAUUGUGCGUGAAUAUGAAUAAUAUUUCUUAGCGUUGUGAUCAUUACAACGGAAUGUGGGUUUGAAAUCUUGUCAUAUAUGUUUUAUUUAGUCAAGCCUCACUCAAGUGCCAAUUUCAAAACAUGUCAGUUCCUGUUCAAAUAAUGUAACAUAUGAAUAUGAAUAGUAAUUAGAUGCGUGUGCUUUGAAAGUGCUGUGCAAACGAGCAAUCUGCGAUUAAAAUCGCUGCUGUGUGCAACAAAAGGAUCUCUAGUCUGCAGGUAAAACCGAUCAGCGCUGGGUUUGAUAUUGAAUCUGCGAUGACCACCACAAACAAGCGAUUUACAUCACAUGCGACUUUAAUCACCAGUCUGCAAUUUAAAUUGCUCAUUUGCAGGUUGCUUAAGGGAAUUUUUUCUGACCCAGCUCAUGAUAAAUUUGUCGGCUUGCAAUAAUCAGGCCUGUAAUGGACAAAUCUGUCCCCACUAACUACAUGUUUUUCUUGCUUAGAUCAUCAUAGGAGCUUCCCUUUAAUAAAAUUUAUUUGUACCUUGCAGUAGUAUUGAAAUUAAUUGAUUAACAAUUUACCACCGAUAACGAACACGACCCACCAAAUUCUUUUCCAGCCAACUAUUCAUAACCGUAAAGUAGGCAGCGCCCACCCCCAAAUAUGGCAGCAAGAAAGACAUGACAGCUCCUGGGUGGUUUUACAGUACAAAUUUGUGAGCUGGGUUGGUUUCCAUGAUCUACAUCUGUAUGUACUGCUUUAUGAAUAGAAAUACCGCUUUGUUAUGGACUCUUUAUGAAACAUAAAAAGACAAAGCAUUGUCAACUGUUGGUUCUGUCAAGUGCCAUUUGAGCCUUCAGAGUUGCAGCUACUGUGGAAUACAUUAGGAAAAACCAACAUGCCCAUGCUUUACAAUCUGAGACACUUGAAGGUCAGAACCAUGUCUGCUCAGCUCAACUUGAGUCUUGAAUUAAAUUGAAAGAUGAUUGGGGACUAAGCCUGUCUAAAUUAAUAAUAUCACAGGAUAUUAAAAGUUCCCUUGGCCUUGUGAUACAGCCCUACUCAAUGGAUGGGAAUAGUGUUUUCCAAUGGAUACCACAAAAUAAUAGUGCUGCCACUUAGAAGAUCACAACAGCACCUGACCGAUUUUACAGUAAUUAUUGUAUGUAGUGAUCUUGGUUAUGAUCUAUUAGUAGAUUAAUGAUGUAAUUAAGAGAUCCAUGUAAUUAUGAUGUGAAACUCAAAUGAUUAACACUAUAAUGAUUAAAGAAAUAAAAAAUAUGAUA